AUCAAUAGCACAGUUCAGUUUCUAUCCACUUGACGUUAGAGUUUAGACAAAGCGCGACAGGCGAAACCCUAGCCUGGCCUCCGUUGUUUCUAGAUAACCGCCGCUAGCAAUCAAGCCAAUAUUAGAAAAAAUAAUCAGAGCCUAAGAAAGUCGAUGUCGACGUCGGGACAGCAGCAGUUCCGGUACACGCAAACCCCGUCAAAGGUUCUCCACCUGCGGAAUCUCCCGUGGGAGUGCACCGAAGAAGAGCUGGUCGAACUGUGCAAACCCUUCGGCAAGAUUGUCAAUACCAAGUGCAAUGUCGGCGCCAAUCGCAACCAAGCUUUUGUCGAAUUCGUGGAUCUUAAUCAGGCAAUUAACAUGGUUACGUAUUAUGCUUCGUCUUCAGAACCUGCAAAUGUUCGUGGCAAAACUGUCUAUAUCCAGUACUCUAACAGACAUGAAAUUGUCAACAACAAGAGUCCUGGAGAUGUUCCAGGCAAUGUCUUGCUUGUUACAAUUGAGGGAGUUGAAGCUGGUGAUGUCAGCAUUGAUGUCAUUCACUUGGUGUUCUCAGCUUUUGGUUUUGUGCACAAGAUUGCUACUUUUGAAAAGGCUGCUGGUUUUCAGGCUUUAAUUCAAUAUAGUGAUGUUCAGACUGCAGCUACAGCAAGGGAGUCAUUGGAUGGCAGGAGCAUACCCAGAUACCUUCUUCCUGGACAUGUUAAUGAAUGUCAUUUGCGUAUCUCGUACUCUGCACACACCGAUUUGAAUAUUAAGUUUCAAUCUCAUAGAAGCAGGGAUUAUACAAAUCCUUAUCUUCCCGUUAAUCCUACUGCGAUGGAAGGUAUUGUUCAGCCCAUUGUAGGUCCAGAUGGAAUAAAAAAGGAAUUUGAGAGUAAUGUGCUUCUUGCAUCCAUUGAGAAUAUGCAAUAUGCAGUCACUGUGGAUGUUCUUCACUCGGUAUUCUCUGCAUUUGGUACUGUCCAAAAGAUUGCAAUAUUUGAGAAGAACGGUGGAACUCAGGCACUAAUUCAGUAUCCCGAUAUCACAACUGCAGCUGUUGCCAAAGAUGCAUUAGAGGGUCAUUGCAUAUAUGAUGGUGGCUAUUGUAAGCUUCAUCUAUCAUACUCUCGUCAUACUGAUCUCAAUGUAAAGGCAUACAGUGACAAAAGUAGAGAUUACACUGUCCCUGAAUCACUUGCAAUGCAUCAAGCUCCGGGCGUUCCUGCUCCAACUUCUGGGUGGCUACAUAGUACUGCAGCUUCGGUCGGCCCUGGGAUUGGUUAUGCUUCUGGGGGUGCUUUACCGGUUCAGUCUCCUCUGGCACCAGUGUCGUGGGAUACAGCGUCGCAGACAGGUAGACCAACCUUCAUGUCUGGUCCCAGCACAUUUCCUGGUCAAACAUAUGCAUCAACUUCAGUUCCUGCUUAUUCCUCUGCAGCAAUUCCACCUGGUUCCUCACCACUUCCUCAAACAAACCAUAUCACUUCUGGUGCUCCACCGAUGAGGGUUACUCAGCCUAUGCAUCAGUCAAAUGUGCUACCUGGCGGUAUUUCACCACCAGGUCAACCUCCUUACUAUGCUCCAUGAGUUGUACCUAUUUUGUACUAAAAUUUUCUUUUCUCACG